CAAAACUCGAAUCAGCGAAAUGAACGGAGCUUAAGUAGCUAUGUAAAGAGGAUCCGGAAAAUAUAGAAAAAGAAGCCAUGGCACUAGUCUUAGAAAGUAGUAGACCUGCAGCUAAAACUUCAACUGCUAAUCCUUCUCAUCGGUCUCCUUCUUCUCCUCCUCCUCCUGCAACCACCACUGUUUUCAAUUGGGGGGAUUACGGUUAUGACAGUUGCGUAGUGGAAAAAUCUGUGUUCUCUCGCUUCUGUUGCUGUAAACCCAUAUUCUCUUGUUUAGGUUGUUGCAAUUUCCUUCCAAACUGCUGUGAAGAGCGAGACAAAAAAUACCCUCCAAAGGAUCUCUUCAUCGUUUCAUCCAGCCAAAAGCGGUAGAUACCCAGUCCUCUUGUUCUUCCACGGCACGAGUAUCAAGACAAGCUUCUACUCACAACUCUUCAAACACAUAUCGUCCCACGGAUUCAUAGUUGUGGCGCCUCAGUUAUAUCGGUUACUAAUUCCACCGGCAUGCAUGGAACUCAACUCCGCGGAAGCUGUCGCCGAUUGGUUGCUAAAAUAUGGCCUCGAAGGACACCUUCCCGCCGGCAUCACACCGGAUUUCGAGAGCGGCCUAGCUCUAGCGGGCCACAGCCGGGGAGGAAGAACGUCAUUCGCAUUAGCCGACAAAAGAACUGCCGAAUCGGCCAAGACCAACUCGGAAGUCCACAGCAGCGCCCUCCUACCCAGAUCAGGCAAAGACUUAAACUUGUCGGUGCUGAUUGGCGUGGACCCAGUGGCGGCUACUAUGUGCUGCGCAACCAUGCCCGACGUCCACCCGGAGACCCAAUGCUUCAAAUUUGAUGUCCCCGCGGCGGUGAUCGGCACCGGACUGGGCGGUAGCUGCGCGCCCGAGAGCGGUAACUACGCGCAGUUCUUCAAGAGGUGCAAGCCGCCGAAGCGCGCUGAGUUUCUGGCCCCGCAGUACGGGCACAUGGACGUGUUGGACGACAAUCCCCCGGGCAAUGGGUCAUGCUUCUCGUGCGUUUCGGCUUUGAUGACAAAGUGCAUGUGUAAGAACGCAAAGGGUCUAUCAAGGGAGUGCAUGAGCAGGACCGUGGGAGGGAUUGUGGUCGCAUUUUUCAAGGCUUAUAAUAACAAAUAUCCUGAUCCUUCUGAUCUUAAUGCAAUCCAAAACAAUCCUGGUCUCGCCCCAGCAGAAUUAGUGAUUCCUAAUUCUGAGUCCGCUUGAAAGUCCUCGUCCCAAGGAUUUUGGUGAAUAUUGGAUUAUGUUUUCGUUGUAAUAUAUAUGGGAGCUUGUAUGUAAGCCAAUUAUUCUCUAGA